UUGGGGUGAAGCACUAAAAGCACAGAGGAGAAGUGGAGAAAGCAGAGCAAAAGAAAUGGCGGCAGUAGCAGCAGCGGUAGUUGGAGCUCCAACCCGGCUCCACCGCCUCCUCCACCACCCACCACCCUCCUUUUUCCUCAAACCCCUUCUCAUCUCCACCACCGCCGUAUCCAAACAACCCCAAAUGCGACGCCCCAAGCUUAUCUCCACUUCUCUUCCUUUCAUCCCCCCACACCUCUUCUGCCACUCCCUUCCCGCCAUCAAAGCCUCUCUGCAAGUAGAACAACCAACCCAAGAACUCGAUGAGGAAGCUGAGAAUGAAGAUGAGAACUUGGACUCUUCUUCUUCUUCUUCUUCUGUGCUCGGAAGUCUAGACGAUGAAAAUGGUGGGGAAGGUGAGACUGAAGCUGGGAAAUUGGAUACCAACGACGCUGCCCGAAUGAACUUGGACCCUUCUACCGUUUUGAAGAGGAACCGGGUCGACCCGGUCGACCUUCCGACGCUUACGGUGAGAGAAAAGAAGGAAUUGGCGUCGUAUGCCAACAGCUUGGGGAAGAAGCUCAAGUCCCAGUUGGUGGGCAAGUCUGGAGUUACGGCCAAUGUGGCUGCUUCUUUUGUAGAGAAUCUUGAAUCUAAUGAGCUUCUCAAGGUUAAAAUACAUGGGACAUGUCCAGAGGAGCUAGAUGAUACGGUGAAGCAAUUGGAGGCUGCAACUGGUUCAGUUGUUGUCGGUCGGAUUGGUAGAACAGUGAUUCUUUACAGGCCAAGUCUCACCAAGCUGAAAGCUGAGGAGAAAAAAGAGCAGAUGCGGAAGAUUUUUUUGAAGCGAAAGCAGAGAUAUUCACGACCAUCAUCUAUGGAAUUUCAGAAAAAAGGAAGACCGAGGAUGUUUGUGCGUGACAGCCGUGGAAGACCCAAGGUCUAGUUUCUGUCAAAUUAUGGUAUUGUAACUCUGGACGUGUUAAGAACUGCUGUCUUACUUGUACCGUCAAAGCUAUGCAUGUGUGCAAAGGAAAUAUAAACCAAAAGUUUUCUUUGGAUCUUUCUGACGGUGUGUGGCUGAUAUUAGUGAGCAAAAUCAACACCUUUGCCAAACUUAGAAUGUAAGUUCAUGAAUUGAGUACCUUGGACAGGUGCUUGGAUUUUGAUGGUGAUCCUUGUAUUAUGCCUUUUUGGACUUGCAAGGACGAAAUAUGCAUAUACUAUUUUACUUCA